AUGAAUAUUCUUUCGAUCUUCUUCGUGAUUUGUUUGAUAAUAUUGUAUGUCAACGCCGCACCUUCAUUCCCAUUCAAUAAUACUGGAACAAAUUUUUCUCCAGCUGCAAAUGGUAAGUCAAAUGAUGAACCAAUUUGCAAAACUGACGACGGACGACUUGAAAUUCCUAUCAAUGGUAAAUUUCGUUCGAGUGCGAAUCCAUGUAGAGUGUGUACAUGCACAGCGACGGGGCUAGUAUGCGAGGACAUAUGUGAGCCAUCAACAACAACAACAACAACAACAACAACAACGACAACCACCACCGAAUCGACAACAACCACAACGACAGCAAGCUCGUCUACAGCAACAGCGCACGAUCCCAGUUCACUGUUACCACCUUCUUCGACAUUUCCAAAUGCUACAUCAUCUAAUAAUAGUCACAAUCCAAGUUCGUCAUCGUCGAUGGGCAACUCUGAUGAUGAUUUAUCAACGACUCCCUGUGCACGAGCUGUAGCCGCACGUGAAUAUGCAUAUCUUGACUGUAGUGAAGUUUAUCUAGCUGGAAAACGUACCAAUGGGGUAUAUGAAAUUUGGCCUCGAACAAGCCCGAGACCAUUUCGUGUGUUAUGCGAUAUGGAGAAAGAUGGCGGUGGAUGGACUGUCAUUCAACGACGUGGAGAAUUCAGUCAACAAUCGAAUUUCUUCGUUUCNACACGUUUAUUCAGCUAG